AGAAAAGCGAGGUCGUCUGCUGAUUAUAUACAAAUCUCACCUGUUAUCGUCUGCUUUACAGCGGUUUGUAACAAGCGUUUCGUAAAGGAACGUAACUUUUUUUUUCUUUCGUUUAAACAAAAUCCCUUUAUGUAAAUUACUUUAUGUAAUUUGGUGUUACAAUUAAUUAUAAUUAAGUAUAUAAUAAUGAAUGUUUCGUUAAUAAUUGGAGUCUUCUUCGUUGUAUCGGUGUGUACGACGUUAGCACAGUUUUGGGACGUAGAGGGUGACUUUUGUAAAACUAGAAGACCCGAGAGUUGUUGUAGGAAUAGAGACGAUGCGUGCACCGUACCAAUUUUUGGCACUUUGUGUUAUUGUGACCAGUUUUGUAAUAGAACUAGCGCCGAUUGUUGCCCAGAUUUUUGGCCUGUGUGUUUAGGAGAACCUCGUCCACAGCCAAUUGUUAGAGACAAAUGCUUUCAUGAAGGAAAGUCAUACCAAAGUGGGCAUAGCUAUCAAGUGAAUUGCAAUAAAUGCACUUGCAAGCAAAAAACUCCGACAGUUUAUGAAUUCGUUUGUGAACAAAACGUUUGCUUGGUGAGACCAGAACUUAUUAAAGAAGUAAAUAGUGGAAAUUAUGGAUGGAGAGCAUCAAAUUAUUCCUUCUUUUGGGGGAAAACGUUGGAAGAAGGAAUUCGCUACAGAUUAGGAACCUUUAAACCAACUCGUCCUACGAUGGCCAUGCACGAGAUCAAUAUUAAAAUGAAAGAUAGACUUCCGGAACAUUUCGAUGCUCGACAACAUUGGCCUGGACUCAUUCACGAUAUUAGAGACCAAGGAGAAUGUGGUGCUUCUUGGGCCUUUUCUACUACGGCUCUUGCAUCAGACCGACUUGCUAUUCAAUCUAUGGGAAGAGAGAAAAUUUCGUUAUCCCCGCAACAGUUAAUUUCUUGCCAAAAUAGAGCUCAGAAAGGGUGCCAUGGUGGGCAUUUAGACAGAGCUUGGUGGUAUUUAAAGAAACGAGGUGUGGUAAGUGAAGAAUGUUAUCCUUAUAAAAGUGGUUUUACUAAAGACGAAGGUUUAUGUUCGGUCCGAAAAGCGAGAGGGAGACAUGGUCAUAUAGGAUGUCCGAAUGGGAGAGAAGAAAGUGUUCGACAAUCUACUCCCCCAUACAGAGUUGGGCCAAGGGAAGAGGAAAUAAUGCAAGAAAUUUAUAACAACGGACCAGUACAAGCUACUUUUAAGGUACGAGACGACUUCUUUUUAUACAGUAAUGGGGUAUACAGACAUACCAAAUUGUCUGAACACUUGCCAGAAGCUUAUCGACAACAUGGAUGGCAUUCUAUUCGUAUCAUAGGAUGGGGUGUAGACAGAAGCGGAGGUAGUCCAGUCAAAUAUUGGCUAUGUGCCAAUUCUUGGGGACGACGAUGGGGAGAAGACGGAUACUUCCGUAUUUUGAGAGGAAACGACGAGUGUGAAAUAGAAAUGUUCAUCAUUGGUGUUUGGGCAAAAAGAAACAUGAAUGAUAACGAAGAAAGUAACAUAAUCACGUGAUGUGCUUAACAUUGUGUAAAUUAACACUGCCAUUUAUUUCAUUGCCCUUUCUGCUGGACAGAUAUUUUGGAUAAGAAUAUUUUCCCAUGAAUUUAGUGGGGGUUUUUCUAUUAUAUAUACAUAUUUUUUUGACAGUUAUUCAAUAACUGGAUAUAACUGUAAAAAAUGCAUCGAAUGCUUUUGCAAAUUAUUACUGCCCAUUUUUUAUUUUAAUAACCACGUUUACUACUGCCGACAAUGGUGAAAAUUAAUAGAGUUGGAUUAAUUUUUCUUUCUUUUUUUAUAAAUUAUAGUUUUAUUAAAUAUACAUAAAUCUGUAUAAUAUUUCUGUUAA